AUGCGUAAUACGAACAGACCCGGUAAUGCUAAAACGAAAGAAUGUGAUCUUUUAGUAGUAGGGGCUGGAUCGGCAGGUUUAGCAUGUGGCAAAAGGGCAUCUGAAUUAGGAGCAAAGGUGGUUUUGGUUGAUGCUGUGAACCCAUCGCCACACGGAACAACCUGGGGCCUUGGAGGGACUUGUGUGAACGUGGGCUGUAUUCCAAAAAAGUUGAUGCAUUUAGCUGCUCUAAAUGGCGAAAUAUUGAAAAAUUGCGGAAGUUAUGGUUGGAAUGGAGUCCGUAACUUAAAUUUAGACUGGUCAACAUUAAUAACCGCUGUUCAGAACAAAAUAAAAGCUACUAACUGGAUAUAUCGCGUACAGCUGCGAGAGAAGAACGUUGAUUAUGUGAAUGGGUUCGCAAGUUUUUUAGAUUCGCACUCUAUGUCAGUUAUUGGCGUCAAGAAAAAGUCGGAGCAUAAAAUCCUGGCAAAAAAUAUUGUAUUGGCUACCGGUUUGCGACCUAAGUAUCCUUCAAUUCCUGGAAGUGAACUUGGCAUUACUUCCGAUGACUUAUUUUCGCUGAAGUCUAAUCCUAAGAAAACCCUUGUUGUUGGAAGUAGUUAUGUCGGCCUUGAGUGUGCGGGACUUCUGCAAGCCUUAUGUGGAGAUGCCUGCCUUAUGAUCCGUUCAAUACCUUUAAGAGGAUUCGAUCAGCAGUGCGCAGAAAUGGUGCUUGCCGACAUGGCCUCAAGAGGCGUGAAGCUUUUAAAACAUAUGCAACCCACAGAAGUGGAGAAGGUUGAAAAUAACCGACUUAGAGUUACGUAUCGUUCAGUUGAUGGGAAGUCAGUCGGUUCAGACAUAUUCGAUACUGUUAUUUGGGCAGUUGGGAGAGAACCUCAACUUGCAAAAUUGCGCCUUCAUGAAGUUGGGAUAGAAAUUUCAGCGUCUAAUAAAAUAAUUGUUGAUCAGAUGGAUGAAACAUCUCUGAAGUCGGUUUAUGCUAUUGGAGAUGUAGCCGAGGGACGACCUGAGCUCUCUCCACCAGCUAUAAAAGCUGGGCAAUUUUUGGCCGAGCGUUUGUUUAAUAACUCUAAAAUGCAUGUGGAUUAUGAAAUGGUUCCUACAACAGUGUUUACUCCUUUGGAGUACUCUUCAGUUGGACUUUCGGAAGAAGCGGCAAUGAAGCGUUUUGGAGAGGAAAACGUUGAGGUCUAUCACACGUACUACGAGCCGUUCGAAUUCGUGAUUCCUCGAGACGAAAGAAGUAUAAGAAACUGUUAUGCAAAAGCGGUUACUGAACGUAAGCCGUCAGGUCGUGUUCUAGGGCUCCACUUUAUCGGGCCGAAUGCUUCGGAAGUUAUGCAAGGUUUCGCUGCUGCAUUUGCAGCAAAGAUUACUAAAGAACAACUGUUCAACACUAUUCCAAUCCAUCCGUGCUCAGCGGAAGAAAUAGUUAAAAUGACGGUUACAAAACGGUCGGGUGUACUUCCUGCCAUACCUAGCUGUUGUGGAUAG